AUGACUGGAGUUUAUGAUCCCUUAGGAUUUUUAGGUCCGUUUACUGUACAAAUCAAAACAUUAUUGCAGAGGAUAUGGAAAGAAAAUUUAGACUGGGACUCUACCUUACCUGAAAGCUUAGCAGAUGAUUUUAAUAAAUGGUGUGAUGAUUUACAUAAUUUAAAAUAUUUUACUAUUAGUCGAUGCCUGGUAAGAUCCAAUUUGUCAACAAUUCAACUACAUGUAUUUGCAGAUGCGAGCCCGAUUGCAUACGGAGCUGUUGCAUACCUACGAGAAAUUUUGUCUAUUGGCAAAUUAUUUACAAGCUUUAUAUGUUCUAAAAACAGAGUAAGUCCUAUUAAAAAUAAAAAUAAAAGCGAACUCACUUUACCAAAGUUAGAGCUAACAGCCGCGCUUAUUGCAGCCAAAUUAGCAAAUGUUUUAAAGCUUGAGUUAAACAUAAAUUUUUCUUCUAUUAACAUGUGGACAGAUUCAAGUAUAGCUCUGCAAUGGAUAACUGGAGACGGUAAACAAGUAAAACAAAAUAUCAGCUCAAAAGUAAGUGAAAUUAACAAACUAACAAAUGUAUAUGACUGGCGUCAUUGUGAUGGCAAAUGUAAUCCAGCAGAUCUGUUAACUCGUGGUAUAAAAGCCAAACAAUUGAUGCAGUCAGAAUUACGGAAAUGGGGUCCAUCAUGGCUUAUCAUGGAAAGCAACGAAUGGAAUAUAAGCAAAAUUGAGGAUAGUGCAACUCUUAUCACAAAAGUACUUCAAGAAGAGAAUGUUUGCAAUAUAUCUAAGGAAACUAAAUUUGAUAUACAAAAGUUUAGUAAUUUACGGAAAAUGUUAAGAGUUACCGCAUACGUAUUUCGAUUUUUAAGGAAUAUAAAAAAUAAAGGAAUUCAGCAAUCUAUCAACACUGAAUUGGAGAAGAUUGAUGAUUUGACUCUAGAGGAAUUAAAUAAAGCGGAAGUUUAUUGGAUUGGUUGCGCACAAAGUGAGUAUUUUUUGUCAGAAAUAAUAUCGUUGAAGAAAGGACAAAAAAUUGGAGCGGAAUCAAAAAUUUUACAAUUGAAUCCCGUUUUAAUAGAUGGGUUACUGCGACUUUCUUGUCGUUUACCAACGACUGAGUAUGAAAAUCUAAGCAAUCCAAUUAUAUUACCAAAGAAGUCAUAUUUAUCUAAGUUGAUUGUUUUGGAAGCGCACCAAAAGUUUAUGCACAGUGGAAUUAAUGCCACCUUAGCUAAGAUUCGAAAGCGAUUUUGGGUUGUUAAAGGCCGGCAACAUAUUAAAAGCGUUGUACAGCGGUGUAUAAUUUGCAAAAGGCUGCAUGGGAAAAAUGCAUCUGAAAACUGGACGGAUUUACCUAUCGAACGGGUCACUGUAUCCAAACCAUUUGAAACCACUGGCAUAGACUUUGCUGGUCCAUUGUAUAUAACUUCUACUGACAACAAAAAUGAUUUUAAAAAAGCGUAUAUAAUGUUGUUUACCUGUGCAGCAACUAGAGGAAUCCAUUUGGAGCUGGUAGCAGAUUUAACUGUUGAAAGCUGUAUAAACGCACUAAGAAAAUUUAUUGCAAGGCGUGGCACCCCCUCUAUUAAUAUAUCAGACAAUGCGAAAACUUUUAAAAGAAGUUGUAUGGAAGUGCAAAAGCUUGAACAACUAAUGGAGAAAACCACACGGUCGAAAAUUUUCGUUUAA